UGGUAAAACAAAUUGAACUUACGUGUUUUAUUGGUUGGACUCUGUACUGUAACCUUUACUAAGUUGAACAUUGAAAAAAAAAUAGUAUUUUCACUCAUUAAUGUCUUUACUGCCAAACUGCGAAGGCUUACUUAAGAGAACAACCUGCAGUAGGUGACUGAAAAGUAGUGCAUCAUGGAGGAACAAAACUUUAAACAACAGUUUCAGGAAAUGGCCCAAAAUUUACCAAAGGGCAUCUUCCAUAGGCUUCCUCUCAAGAAACUACAGGGUGUGCCAGUCAUGAACAUAAUUGCAGACCAUUUUGAGAACAUUGCUACCUUUCAAGCCAGGCCAGAUGACCUUCUAGUAGCAACUUAUCCCAAGGCAGGUACGACCUGGGUGCAGGAAAUAGUGGACAUGAUCGACAAAGAAGGAGAUGCAGAAAAGUGCCAGCGGGCACCUACCUUUGUCCGAUUCCCAUUCAUCGAUAUCUGGCCACCACCUCCACUUAUACCAGGUGUGGUAGAUGCUGAAAAGAUGCCUUCCCCUCGAAUACUAAAGACACACUUUCCAUUUCAUCUUGUGCCCAAGUCUUUCUGGGAACAGAAUUGCAAGGUAAUCUACGUUGCCAGAAAUGCAAAAGACAAUGCUGUCUCAUACUAUCACUUUGACGUAAUGAACCAGACUCAACCAGAACCAGGAACCUGGGAGGAGUACCUAAUAAAAUUCAUGGAAGGAAACGUGGGUUGGGGGUCCUGGUAUGAUCAUGUCAAAAGAUAUUGGGAGAAGAAGGACCAACAUCGAAUCCUGUAUUUGUUUUAUGAAGAUAUGAAAGAGAACCCUGAGCAAGAGAUUCGAAAGGUGAUGGAAUUCAUGGAAAAGGACCUGCCAGAUCAUGUCAUCAGUAAGAUUGUUCAGCAGACUUCAUUCUCUGCGAUGAAAGAAAAUCCCAUGGCUAACUACACCACUGUGCCCAAAGUUUUCCUUGAUCACAGUCUUUCAUCAUUCAUGAGAAAAGGUGAGGUUGGUGACUGGAAAAAUCACUUCACUGUGGCUCAGAAUGAAGUUUUUGAGGAAGACUACAAGAAGAAGAUGGCAGGAACAUCACUGAGAUUCCGUACAGAAAUCUGACAUUUAUAACGGAGUCAAGGAUGAAAGGGGAGACAAGAAUAGCAUAAUGAAACAUGUCAUUGUCUCUUAGUAGUCCAAACGUCAGACUGUGGUUUAUUAAUCUUAAGUAAAUCAUAAUGUAACAAAAACAGGGAUACAGUU